AUGGUUCACGCUGCUUUGGCUGUGCUCCUUCCGCUCGCUUAUACUACUGCUACUAAUGCGCUCCCCGUCGACUCUCCUUUAAGCUCCCGAUACGACAACUCUGGACGUGGCAUUCGUCGGCAAACACGAGGAGGGGGUCCGCGCUGGUCUCCGCCAAGAUGCUAUACCGACAAUGUCGCUGCUCGUACUUUGACUGGUGCUCACCUUGAAUCCGAAUCCAUGACCACCGACAUGUGCUUGGAAUUUUGUUACUCGAAAGGAUACAAAUACGCCGGCACAGAAUGGAGCAAGGAAUGCUAUUGCGACAACGACUUCCGCAAUGGCGGCAUCCCAGAGGAAACUGGCUGCGAUAUGCCAUGCUCCGGAGCUUCAGACGAAACGUGUGGAGGUGGCAACCGUCUCAGUGUCUACGAGAAUACUGGUGAACUCUCUCCGCCAGAACCAACGUAUCCUGGCUGGAGCUCCCAAGGCUGCUACACCGACUCGGUCGCCAACCGUGCACUACCAAACCAGGUCUACGUGGAAGGUGACAUGACUGUAGACAAGUGCACUUCCCAAUGCUUUAGCCUGGGCUAUCCUCUCGCCGGGGUCGAAUUCGGCCACGAAUGCUUCUGCGCGGAUAGCAUCGGCUCCUCUGGUACUCCAGCUACCAGUGGAUGUGAUAUGCCGUGUACAGGUGCUGGAAACGAGAUCUGCGGUGGCGCGGAUCGCUUGAACAUUUACAAGUAUACCGGCGCGUCUGUUCUUCCCUCGACAGGCUUUUGGGCUCUCGAAGGUGAAACUGGAUGCUAUACCGAUGAUGUCGCCAAUCGCGCCCUCGGUCUUCGUGUCUAUGUCGAUGGCGCAAUGACUGUACCAAAAUGCACCGAAAAGUGCUUCUCGUUGAACUAUGGAUACGCAGGGGUGGAAUACGCCGAUGAAUGCUACUGCUCCCACUCGAUUGGCUCCUCCGGCCAGCCGGCUGAGGACGGAUGCACCAUGCCCUGCUCUGGAGACAUGUCUACCAUUUGUGGUGGUCCCGACAGGAUUACCGUCUACAAAUAUCAAGGCAAAGAAUUCCCAGCUGGGGCAACCGUUCUUUCAUCUUACAAGGACUUCACGAGUCAAGGCUGCUACACCGACUCUGUUCACGCGCGUGUCAUGACCGGAGUCGCCGCCAACGAUCAAAUGACGGUGGAAACGUGCAUUGACACCUGUAUUGCAGCUGGCUAUGAAGUGGCUGGAGUCGAAUAUGGAACCGAGUGCUAUUGCUCUGCGACUUUGCCUGCAGAGAGCAAUAAGGCGACAGACAACUGUAUCAUGCCCUGCGCCGGAGAUUCGGCUCACUUGUGCGGUGGAGGAAAUCGACUCAACGUUUACCAGUAUCAAGCUCCGGCUACAACGACCGCAACGACCACGUCUAGUACUGAGACGAGCACGUCAACAGAUACGGCCGCGACCCAAACGUCUACAUCAACUGGUAGUUUACCUCGCUGGGAUGUCGUAGGGUGUACCAAGAAUAAGGACUCCUCAAAGGUCGUGCUCAAUGCCGAUUUCUUGGAUUUUGAGGAGCAAUCGGAUCAUUGGAUGACGCUGGAGGCAUGUCAGAGUAGUUGCCUCACGUUUAACUGGAGCUUUGGGGCUUAUGUACAAGGAACUACUUGCUAUUGUGUAAAGGAACCAUUCACUCAGUCCUUUACCGACGGGCAAUGUACUACGCCUUGUGGUGGCAACUCGUCCCAAAUGUGUGGUGGCCCAACCUCGUACACCGUCAUUUCCUUCACACCGCCAAGUCUUCCUGCACCAGUGGCUCCAGUCGCCGGAUGGACAUACCUUGGAUGCUCAGAAAAUGCGUAUGGGACCUAUGACCCUAACAACCAUUGGAAAUAUCUUGAAGCUGACCAGCCAGCAUAUAAUAGUUGCCUCAACUUCUGUACGGGCAAAAAUCCCUACGCUAUCAUUCAGGACUUGGCCUGUAACUGCCUCAAUAAUCUCAAUGCCGCAGUGACCUUUGGAUCUGAACGCUGCGUUUCGCAAUUUGGUUCAGACCCUUCACAGAUCGUUGGAACCUCCAAUUCUCAAGCUAGGGGUUCGCACCAAGUCUUCAAAGUGGAUUCCACUCCUGCCACCACGGCGACUCCUGCUUAG